GCAGGGGGGAGCGAUGGGGUUUGUAAUUUGCGUACCGAGAGCACCACGCAUCGCCUCCGCACGGCGACUCCUUCGAAGCCACCGACCACAAGCCCGUAAAAAUAUUUGGGUUUUGUUGUUUCCUUCUUUCUCCUCGCCUCAGCCCUUCACCUGCUCUGCUUUUCAAUCCAUUUUGGGAUCUCCUCCCUCUGGCAUCGCUGCCCCUCCCACCGCCUGCCGCCGCAUCAAGGAUAGCUAUCUCAUUCCGGCAGACAACCAGAGAGGGAAAAAAUGCGAGGAACGAGACACACAAAGUAAGAGAGACGACAGAGAUUGGAAGGAAAAAAGAGGGAGGGAGGGCUGAAAAAGGAGAGUAGAAUAAGGGAAAUACGGAAGGGGAGAGAGCAUGUGCGAUUUGGUGGCCCGCACCGGUCGACAUCAGCAGCGAUACGAGGCCGGUUGUCGCCUUGUUGCCGGGUGUAUCCCAUUUAGAUAUAAAAGCUGUGAUAUUUCUGAUGACAAACAUAAUAUGGAAGUUGAAGUUCUCAUGAUUAACUCACCUAGUGGACCAGGCCUAUUAUUUCCAAAGGGAGGAUGGGAAAAUGAUGAAACUGUUGAAGAGGCAGCUGUGCGAGAAGCCCUUGAAGAAGCAGGAGUUAAAGGGGAUAUAGUGCUUACGUUUCAAUUUUAGUCAUUCUUGGGGAACUAUCUCUUCAAAAGCAAAACCCUGCAAGAUGAAUUCAGUCCAUAAGGUUUGUGCAAAGCUGCAGUAUUUGCUCUACAAGUGAGAGAGGAGCUAGAGUCGUGGCCAGAGCAAAGCACCCGUUACAGGUCUUGGGUUACCUUACCUGAAGCUGUGGAGCAAUGUAGACAUCCUUGGAUGCGAGAUGCUCUUAUUGAGGGAUUCUCAAAAUGGCUUGAGGGUAUACAAACAAGGCCUGAAGGUGAAGAGAAUGGCAAAUCGGAAGAGGAUGCCAACUUAAACGAUAAAAGACAACCUUUUCUGAAAGUUUAAGUAGACUAUCGUGUAUUUGACGUUGGUCAUUUUUGCAUUUUGCUAGUAUCUCAUCUUUGGUCAUGCAUGCUAUUAUAUGCAUUUUGUUA